AUGUGCGCUGACAAUGUAUUGAUGCCUGAGGCAACAAAAUUUGUUAGAUGCCAAAAUUAUUGGACUGAGACGAUUCCUAAAUUCGAGGAGACCAGGAGCUUCACCAGUUCACCACUCCACGCAACUUCCACCAACAAGUUGCCCACCAUGCCACCACGGAUACACCGCCCCUCGCGGGCCGCCCUCUCCUCCCUCGUCCGCACGACCAACACCCCAAUCACCACAACCCUCCUCCCACGCCAAUAUGCCACCGCAACCAUAACCGCGAACACCUCCUCCUCGCCGACCUUCCCGCCCCUAAAGUCGCGCCUCCCAACCACCCAACCCAUCUCCCUCAAGCCAGCACAGUUCCGCAAAACCCAACUCCUGCGCCAAUACGCAUCGCUCCUCCGCUCGACCCCCCUCCUCAUCCUCUUCCAGCACAAUAACCUCAAUACCACCGAAUGGACAUCGCUGCGUCGUGAACUCGCUGCAGCUCUCGCGAAGGUAGACGCUGAGCUCGCUCUGGCUGGGGAGCCUGCCCCGUCCGGAUCGGCUGUGAAGCUGCAGAUCGUGCAGACGGGUAUUUUCGCCGCUGCACUACGCGUGGUUGAGUACUUUGACCCCUCCGCCGUAGGCCCAGGGGAGGCAAGCCACACGCUCAGUAAAGCUGCGCACGAGGCUGUCGUGGGGACUAGAACUUCGCACGGAUUCGCGCCGUUGCUUGCUGGCCCGGUUGCGGUGCUAAGUUUCCCUACCGUGAGCCCAGCGCAUCUGAAGGCGGCGCUGACGGUGUUGGCGCCGCUUGCGCCAGAGUACCCUGCGCCGACGCGGAGGGCGAAUCCGGGGUGGCAUGAUAACGCGGUGCAGACGGGGCUGCAGAAGUUGCAGUUGCUCGGGGCGAGGGUGGAGGGGAAGGUGUUUGACAUGGAGGGGGCGAGGUGGGUGGGGAUGAUUCCGGGUGGGUUGGAAGGGCUGAGGGCGCAGGUUGUGCAUUUGUUGCAGAGUGCUGGGGCUGGGGUUACGAAUGCGUUGGAGAGCGCGGGGAAGAGCUUGUUUUUUACGGUUGAGGGGAGGAGGAUGAUGUUGGAGGAGGAGGAGAAGGGGCCGGAGGGUAAGGAGGAGGCGAAGGAUGAGGUGAAGGCGGAGUAGAUGGGUAUGAUAGGAGAGGAUGUAUUAUAUUGUUUUCAUAGUGUUGGUUUGGCAUGAAUGUAAGAAGACACAUGGCAAAGCCUCAUGAAAUAUAUUUUGUUAUUCGUCUAC